AUGCCGCCUCCUCAACAAGAAACCUACUCCCUCCUCUCCCUCGACGAAGAAGUCGACGAAGACCGUACCGCAAAUGCCCAGUAUGCUCCCUUGGAAAAUAUGCUUUCUGCGACAUUUUUGGUUGUCUCGUUGCUCGAAGGACAACAUAUGCCAGUAUACUCCUAUGCCAUUCAAGGCGGAUUCUCGAUGCAGUUGCGUGGAGGUCGGCAGAGUACGCGGGAUGUGGACGUUGUGACGAAUAUCAAGAUGAGGGGAGUUUGGGAGGCGAUUAGAGGGGAAGAACGUCUGGUGAUACCGGAUUCACGCUUGGUAGAAGGCAUCGUGAAGGUGUUUGUCAAAACGGGGCCGGAGUACGAUGCGUGUGGGGAAAGACAUCGGAUUGAGAUUGAUAUUAAACAAGCAGGUUUCCGUCGCUCUCCUCGGAUUCUGGACGGCAAUAGUGUCGAAGUCGUCGGACCUUUUCCACUCUUCGGCAAAGCUCUACAUUUCAAUAUUUUGAAUAUUGCUUCGAUGAUGCGGAUCAAGAUAGAGUGCUGCCUCACUCGCGAAGAAGUUCGGGAUUUCGAGGAUGUGAGAUUCAUGAUGACUUCUCAUGGAGAGCAGGUGCGUGCGGCGAUCGAACGGGGUGUGAUCAAUGAAGACGAGCUGUAUGAGGUCUUGUCGCAUGAAAAGAUGGGAGACGAGGCGACCCGUGCUCGUCUCAGCAACAUGGUGACUUGGUAGAGCUGGGUGGUCCAUAAGAAACUCUUUGAUUGCGAGCAGCGGCUUCGGG